UUUCAACAUUAUGGCAAUAUUUAAAUUUUAUUUAAAAUAAAUACAAAUUAUAAAAAAAAUUCAUGACAAGCGUUCAGUUUAACUUGAUUAUUUUGGUGAGGCCCCAGUUUUUGUCUACAUGCGCUUCCUUUUCCGGUUGAAGUCGUCAAAAUGACUCAGAAGAGACGAAACAACGGUCGCAACAAGAAAGGGCGCGGUCAUGUGCAGGCCGUCAGGUGCACCAACUGUGCCAGAUGUGUACCUAAAGACAAGGCAAUAAAGAAAUUUGUCAUCCGCAACAUUGUCGAAGCAGCGGCCGUGCGAGAUAUUUCUGAUGCCAGUGUUUAUGAUGUUUAUGCCCUGCCUAAGCUGUAUGCCAAGCUGUUGUACUGUAUCUCGUGUGCAAUUCACUCCAAGGUAGUGAGGAACAGGUCCAGGGAAGCCCGUAAAGACAGAACUCCACCCAUCCGAUUCAGGCCAAUCAGGCAGGAUGGACCAGGAGGGCCCACCAAGCCAGGCACCCAGGGUGAGCGAGGUGCACCGCGCACAUAGGACACGGGACACCAACGUCUUCUUUCUCUGUACAGACUGUGCUACACAAUAAAUUAACACACACCUGUGCA